GGGACCUCGCGUUUUACAUUCCUGGCAUUCCGACCUCAGUCCCUCCUCGGUUACUUAUUAUCGCCGCCUGCUCUCCUCACAAUCAUUUCACAGCAAGAGAGCGAGGCAGCCCGUCCGGGGGAGGACGAUGAGACACGUUUGACUCGAGAAAAACUCACUCAAGUGGAAUUACUUUUGUACUUUUGUCAUUUUUGUACCUAAAAGAGCCAGGAACAACCUUUGGUUACGAUGAGAGCGUGAGCUGGUAAGUCGAGCGUCUUUUUCUGCCUUUUCUACGACGUAAAGACGGACAAAAUGUAAAUACAGUAGCGAACUAGAGCUUUCUUGUUUAAUAGAUUGAAAGUAAAAAGAGUUUUUGUGGGUUGAAAGGCUAUUUGUAGUGUUUUAAAACCGCAAACUGCGCUCUAAGAGUAAAGAUGAAGUUAUUUUACUGUGCGGUUUUGGGAGCUUUUGCUCCCCCGUGAGAUCGGAAUUUUUGGCGCAUGCUGCUUCAGCCUGCUGUGAAAAAUGUGUCCACAGUUCUGUGUUGUCGCUAUUGGGAAGCUUUCUUAAGGAUAUGCUGUUUUCACAUUAUACUCAAACUAAAACCAUGUUUACAGAGCUUGUUAUGAUUUUAAAUAAGCAUAAGGACAGCAUGCCUUAUACUGCAUGUUGCAAGUGUUACUGUUAUUGCCAAAGGCCUUGAUGGUUGAUGGACAGGCUCCAUUCAUCUGCAUGUGACUGAAUUAAUACCUUCUCCUAACUGUUGACUGUUUUGUGCUGUGUAUAUUAACCCUUCCUUCUCAAAGUGACUAUUUUAAUCUGCUCUGUUUCAGGUGCACAGCUGAUUUUUAUUUAAUUUUUGCACAAAUAUAAACGACGAACUCAUCUGUUUAGGAGAAAACACCAAGAAAUAUGUCGUCCACUGAAGAGCCUUCUGGGACAGUCCUACACCGGCUCAUCCAGGAGCAGCUUCGCUAUGGAAACCCUACAGACACCCGCACCUUAUUGGCCAUCCAGCAGCAGGCCCUGCGUGGAGGCAGCGGUAGCAAUAGUGGACCCAGCAGUGGAGGUGACAUGGGCAGGAGCCCACGAUCCUCUUUGGAGAGUCUCACCCAAGAGGAACCUCCUUUUCCUCAGCUCUCUGCAAGGCAGGAACCUCAGGGCCAGGAGCACCAGGGGGACUACCAUCAUUCAGAAAGCAGCUACCAGCUCUACCAGCUGCACGGGGAAGAACUGCCAACAUAUGAGCAGGCCAAGGCACACUCUCAGUACCUGGCCACUCACUGGGGAACCACAGGCCCAAUCAGGCAGCUCCACGAGGGGACUCUCCUACAUGAGGGGGCUUUUCAUGAAGAGACUGAUCCAAUGGAGCUAAAGUGCAGUCAUGCACGGUCACUCAGCGAGCAUCGCAUGCAGAUAUCUCUGGAGAGGAAUGAUGCUGCUGCAAAGGCUGAGGCCCUCAAGAGCACCUCUCACAGCUACCCUGAGCUUCCCUACUACUCACCCCAGGGCCUUCUAAGCAUAGGACCCAGCCUGGAUAAGCGCACCCCACCUCCAGAGUACUCAGUCCCUAUCCAGGGCCAAGGAUUUAUUACUCAGCAGGUCCAGGAGCCGGUGCAAGCACAGCAGCACAGGUACAGAGACAACUUUGAAAAACACGAUCAUGUGUGUGAAACUACUUUAACAUUACAUCAUGUUUUGUGGUGUAGUUUUUGUACGAGCGCCAGCAGUGUAAUCACGCUCCAGGACUCGUCAUUGUGUUUCACAUGCGUAAACACAUACUUAUUGAUGUUAGUCACAGCGUACUGAUUUCCUUCUUGACAUACUUAGAGCAAAACAAGUCCAACCCUGUAGCUGGUUGUAAUGCCAGGCAUACUGGAACAGGAUAGUUUCACAUGCUUGGGUUGCCUCAGAUGCUUUUACUAAAGUAUGUUCCUCAUAUAGGCUUUUACAUUCUUCACAGCCACUAGAGUCAGCUUGUCUGCUUGCUGGUAGGAAAUAGCGACAGAUUUUUGAGAUCUGGCUUCAAAAAAAAAAAAAAAAGAAAAAACUCACACUUUCAACUUGCAAAAGACAUUUCAAAUCAUCAAAAACAGCUUCAAGUUAACAUAUACGUUUCUAUCGCUCCUCUUGUAGGUUCGUCCAGUCUGUUCAGCCAACUGAACUCCCCUGCUACAGCACAUUCACUAGCCUGCCCCCUGCUGGCCUGGAGGAGCCAAACCAAGUGGAGCUGCUGCUGAUAGAGAAUGAGAGGCUGAGGCAAGAGCUGGAAUCCCACAGGGAGAAGACUGGCCGUAUACAGAAGGUAAGAGUGAAAGAUGUAGAAGUGAAAGUGGUAUUUUAUACAGCUGACAUCCCUAACAGAUGUUUCCUCGCGCCUGUUAAACUCUAAAGUUACUGACAGCAGCUGAAUACUUAAAAAGUGAAUUCAGAGGGAAAGCAUCUCAGCCACAUGUCUAUGAAACACAACUCCAGCGGACAGUUGUCUUCCCUGCCGUCCAACCUCCAGGCACACUCCCUCAGUUGAAGCAGGACAGAUGAGAUCAGCAGCUGCUACCUUUCAUACCACAGAGGCACAAACAGAGGUCACAGCCUGCUACUGUGUUUACACACUCUUCUCAUUGUGGGGCUGACCUGGUAGAGGCCAGAGAGCACGCUCAUGUGUGUGUGCGUGCUUCCAUGGAGGCCAUAGAUUUUUGGUGUAAUCUAGGGCUUGUCAGGCGGCAGUCGAUUGGGUUGUGACCUGUGCAUACAGCUGUUGGGGGUGGGGGUCUCUGUAGCAGGUGGUGCGUUAGAAGUGAAAGGUCUGUUGUUUUUCUACCUUUGUCUUUUAGCUACAAUCUUCUGACAGCAAAACGGGCCCAGUACAAGAGAUUUUCUUGUUUGACAUGGUGGAAACAGCUUCCCAGACACUUGACACCUUAGCCAAUCUUUGUAAAAAUCCACCCUCUCUCUGCUGGAGUUAUGUCACAUGGUCCUUGUCUCAGCCUUAAAGAAUGAUAAUUGCCAGGGUUGGAAAGUUUUCUCCGUCAGGCCGCAGCCCUGAGUAAACAUGCCUGUGUGACUGCUAUAAUGGUGGGUUUCUCUUUGCCGUUUCCACAACUCCAGGCACAGGCAUGCACACCUUCCCUCCGCUGGCAGCCCUCCCGGACCUCUGCAUGCGUGUGUGUAUGCGGGUUCUUGUGUGCGCAUUCUGUAGUGUGUCCUGUAAAUGUGCACUCUUGUGCGCUCACACACCUGGAACCAGCGCUAUCAGCCCUCAGGAAUGUAGAUAUAAAUCAGCCUCACAGGGAGUGGUGCGGGCGCGAAUUCUUUCUUGGAGUUGUACCACACAUGCACACACAAGCGCGCACAAACCGAGUUUACUGUAAACACACAACCACAUAUGUGCCCAUAUGUUUAUCGUACGCCGUGUAUGUACAGCAACAUGAAUCAACAUUCCAGAGCCUCUCUUGCUUGCGAAGAAGGUCAACCCAAAAUUCUUGUCCUCUAUUCACGUCCUCCUCUCUAUUUCCUACUUUAACCCAUUUCUUGUCUUGUCUUUUUUUUGUAGUUGGAGCAGGAGAUCCAGCGUAUAUCAGAGGCCUAUGAGACACUGAUGCAGGGCAGCAGUAAGAGGGAGAACCUGGAGCAAACACUGAGAAAACGACUGGUGGCUGAAGUCAGGAGGCUACAGGACUUCAACAGAGACCUUAGAGGUAUGGCAUAUAUGUUAUGAUACCAUUUUAUGCAAAGAAAAUCUUAUGUUUGAAAAAAACUAAUUUUGAAACAUAUUCAUUCACAGAAAACUUGGAAAACGCCAGAACUCAUGUCGCAAAAGAAGUAGAAGUAGCCGACCAUAACCAGCACAUCAUGGCGAAGCUCCUUGAACAAAGUAAGAUCGCCGUCUAGUUCGGCUCAUACUCUAAGCUAAUUUCAAAUGUUUGAAUCUGACAACAAUGACUACAAGGAAAAGCCCUCCUAAAAAUCUGCUCCUGCGAUAGGAUCCAGUUUGAGAACUGCAGGUAACUCAUACCAAAUGUUGGUUCCCCGAACACAAAGAGCUGCAAAAGCAAGUCACUGUGAUCAGCACUAAAUCAGAUUGGAUUGGAUCAUAAUAUAACUUAAGGAUCCUUUUUUGUUGCUUUGACAUCCUGUAUGCAGGAAUUUCACUUGCAUAACAAGGUCAUUUGGCAAGAAGGCUAAAUAAAGGGGAAUUCAAUCCAUGCUGCAGGAAAUGAAUGGGCUGUAAAUCACAGAUUAGCAGUGGAAGCGGUGAAGCCGAGGCUCCCCCACCUGUUGUUAGUGUGAUUUAUAUUGUCUGUUUAAGGAACUGGACUCAAGCAGAGUGCUGCUGUUUGUAUGGCCUUGAUGAGGAAUGCUGUGCGCUAUGUGGGUCAAAGGGAUAGGGCGGCUUUCUCCCCCUUCCUCCUCCUCCUUUAUCCACUCAGCAUUCCAGAAGUGCUUCACUAAAUGAAGAACAUUGGCCACCAUGUAGCAAAUCUGGUGCUUGUUACUGGGGUUUCACUCAAGAGGGGGCGAAUUUGUAAAAGAAACCUCAUGCGGAUUUGAAAAUCAUUUUUCAAACUAUUCUCUAAGCAUGUAAUUAACCCAGCCGCCUUGUCUUUUUCUUCCUUUCAGAUGAGGAGCAGAACUUUGAGAGGGAGCGCAUCGAGCGGGAGGUGCAGCGAUUGCGCACCACGGCAGAGGAGCAAAGCACCAGAGCGAAACGGCUAGAGGAGGCCCUGGAGACUGCUCGCGGACGGGGUCGCCAGCUCGAGGAGGAAUUGAGGAGGAAGAGGGCUUACGUGGAGAAGGUGGAGAGGCUUCAGAGCGCGUUGGCUCAGCUUCAGUCCACCUGUGAAAAAAGGGAGAGCCUGGAGAUGAAGCUACGGACAAGACUAGAGCAGGAGCUGAGGAGUCUGAGGGCACAACAGGUACAUAGCUUUUGCAAAAUGCUGCCAGAAUUAUUGAUGUUCACAUUUCUGUACCAGAACUUAUCAGUCAACUUUAUUUCUGUCCACUACAGAGGCAGUCCCAGCCACCAGGAGUGACCAUGGGUUCCCUGCAAGAGCGAUUGCGUGAGCGAGAGGAGCGAAUCCUGGCCUUGGAAGCUGAUAUGGUCCGCUGGGAGCAGAAGUAUCUUGAAGAGAGCACCAUGAGGCAGUUUGCGAUGGAGGUGGCUGCCACUGCUGCUGCUCAGAGGUAAAGAACACCUUCUCCUGGCAUUUGCUGUAAAAUCCUGAGAGCACGCAGUGUAUAUAUAUCUAAAGGGAUUUGAGUCAAAGUUAAGUCAAGUCUUUUGCUUCUGCAGAGACACCACCAUCAUUAACCACUCGCCCUGCCACUCCUCUAACAACAGCUUCAACGAGGAGCUGCCAGUCGCUGACUACAGGAAUCAGGAGAUGGAGAACAGGUGUGCACUCAUUUUAAACUCUUAUUUCAAGAAGAUCAACCUUUUUGGCGUCUUUUCUCACGGUGUUUCUUUUCUUGACACGAUUUUUUUCCUGUUUCUGUUCCACAGGAUCCGUGCGCUCUAUGCUCAGAUCUUAGAAAAGGACGCUGUGAUCAAGAUCCUCAACCAGCGGCUGCACCAGGACCAAGGCAAGAGGGAAGAGCAAAGUUACCGUACAAAUCUUUUGAAUAUGGCGGGGGCUCCUCUUCGACCUGCCUCCUCCACUCCCGCCAUCAGCAUUACAGCGAGCAGCACGAAGCUUAGAGGUGAGCAGCAUCGUGUUGCCUUCUUCAAGCACAUCUAGAUCGAGUCAAAUUUGCGUAAAAGCAUAGUAACAUCUUUGUUAUCGGUGAGAGUACCCCACUGACUGAUCCUUUUCUACUUGAAGGGAAGAGUCUCUCCGAUGAUCAGACCCUGCCGAGCCGUCAGUUCUCCGCUCAGUCUGAACCCGGAACAUUAGAGCGGCAGGUAGAAGGAACCAAACCUAGAGAGACUGCCAACAUCACUAAGCUCAACAAUGGUGAGUGAUCUAUCAAAAAUGCAUGAGUAUAUUUGGCAAGGAGAGCCAAUAAUCCCAUAAUGCUCUGCGUGUAUAACUUGAAUGAUAAAUGAUUAGCACACAUGCAGAACAGAGCGGAGGAAUGCACUCUUCUGUCUGCAUAGAGCGAGUUUUGGACCCCGACUUUGUGGAUGUCCACAUUGAUUAACCGUUCCGCCUCUAAGGCAGCCAAUCAGAUAGCAUGUGUGCAGGUCACAGUUCAUCAUGCGGGCCAUGAGGAAUGUGCAUGGUUAGGAAAUAGUGUAGAUCUGUUGACUGAGCACAUUGUCAGUGUUUUUGACAGUGGAAAAUCUUUGUUAACCUGUAGACAUGAAAGUUAAGCUGAAUCGCUGAUACUUUUCAACUGAAUAAUGAUUCACUCUUUUUUUCCUCCUUUUUUGUAGACAAGGCAGUACCUAAAAAGAUGCAGUUAAACCCCUUCAAAGGCCUGGAUGAGCUGGAGUCAGAGGCAGUGGAAAUCUUCAUAUAAAGAGUUGGAAAGUGAAUUCUGAACAAGAGAAAAAGAAAUCAGCAGAUCUGUGAAAAGAGGACGGACUAAACAAGAAUGUUGAGUAAAGAGGCCAAUGAAUGAAAAAAGGACUAUUUUCAUAUUUUAGAGAGCUGUGCUCUAACUCACUCUUAACCCUCACUGAACUGGACAACUGCAGGCAGUCUGCCCAGUCAGGAGAGAAAAGGUGAAUCUUUUGAGGUACUUGGACAGUAUUGUGGAUUGUAAUCAGGCAACAUGUUCUCAGAGAGUGUAUGCCUAAAUAUUUAUAUAAUUAUAUAUAGUAUUGCUGCUUUCCCUCUUUAUGACCCCUUUUCUCCUUUCAUAAUCUAAUAAAUUAAGAAGCUACAUAUUUAUCUUGUCUAGAUUCCAAAUUCCCUAAAUAUCUUGUAAAGCCUCAAGCUCCUCCAGACAAAUAUUUAAUGAAAGGUUAUCAAUUUGACCCACAGCCCCUCUUCUCCUUCAAAUGAUACGGCAUCAAUCUGAGUAAUCUCACCCCCCUCACAUGGAUCUUAUCUGUUUAGAAAGUCUUACCUGUUUUCAAUAAAUUAAAUUGAUAAGACAUGAAACACUGCUGAUUGUAACGCUCUCCCUGUUCGUGUUUCUUGAACUGAAGGAGCUGGUUCUGCUGAAGUUUUAGAUCCACCUGAACAGAGAGAUGCAGAUUAUAUGAAAGACAGUUUGGUUUUUCUUUUUGUUUUUUUUGUUUUUGCCAAAUGUUUGUAAUGUUGGGAGGGUGCUGUAUCAUGGUGUUGAUUUCAUCAUCUGUUGCUUUUUUUUCCCUGAUAACUUCUCAGAGUAUGUUUGCAUGUGUGAUUACAGUAUGUGAGUGUGUUUCCCGAUGCGGUGAUUCUGCUGGUUUGGUCACCACUGAGGGAAAAGAAGUUGAAAACUACAGCGUGUUGUUUACUGUGAGCUUUGAACUAACAAACAGGUUAAUUAUUAUUAUUGUUAUUAUUAUUAUUAUAUAUUUUAUACAGAAGUUUGUAUUAUUUUAGUUAUGGUAGUGCUUUGAGCAGGAUGCCAAAGAGUUUAUGUAUGUUUGUCAUUAAGUUAUGUGCCGACAAUCACGGUCAUGUCAAGCUGUACACAACCAACCAAGUGUUGACUUAAAAAAAACAGACAUUUCUGUGAACUUCAACCCAUAUGAAGGUUACUGCAGUUGAAAUCUUGCAACAUUUCAUAAAGCAAUAAACUAUUCUAAUAUA